AUUAUUGAGGGAGGAUGCACAUGUGGGAAACUCCAGCAGUUUCUCUGUAGCUGUACCUCUGACGGUCUCUCAUACCAGAGAUUAUCGGCUGCCUCAAACUCACACCAAGAGUUUUUGUCUGUCUGUCUCUCUCUCUCUCUCCACAGCCUCCAAACCAGGGAGGGCCAAUCCAGCCAUCCAAUGCCAAUCAUGAAGAGCAGCGUAUCCAGGCUCAGCCCCACCCAACCACAGGCAGGCCCUGUAAAACUGCUGGAGGAAAGGCUGCUGGGCAAGAGCAUGCCAGCUGAGAAUAACCCUUUCGUGGAGGCAGACACAAUCGAUCAGACGAACCCUUUUGCAGAGGACUUAAACCCGUUCCAUGACAGGGAGGGGGAGGAAGGGGCAGAGGCCAUCCAGCUGCUCAACACAAGCCCGCCACCAGGUGAACCGACCACGCCCAAGAAAAAUGGCGUCGAUAAGCACCCCACCUUUGGGGCAUCGCUGAAGAGGGCGUUCAGGAUGAGCAAGAAACCAGGCCGAAGCCCCACCGAGGACCAGGGUGAAGAGAAGAAGUCGUUCCUCAAAUUCCCGUCGCCUCUCUCCGAUCCAGAGACGCCUUGGAAAGGCCCGGAAAAGAAGGGGGUCCGCCGACGUUCGGAGGAGCUGGGCUCGCCGGUGAAGCUCGGAGAUGGGAUAGAGAAGGAGAGCCCGGUCGAGCCGUCACCCAGGAAGGUGAUGUCCUUCCUCAAAAGGAACAAGGCUAAGGCGGAGUCGCCGACAGAGAGAGCGGAGCUCGGGGGCGGGGUGGACAGAAAGACGGAGACGCUACCCGAAGUCAGGGAACCCCUCUCAGUGCUCGAGAUCCAUAAACUGAUCGAGAGGAGGGAGCUGGUGCUAGCGAAUAGCCACAUUGUGGAGUUGGAGGCGGAGGAGGAGGUCGAGAGGGUGAAGAACGCCGAGGGGGGCAAAGAUGGCAGCAGGAAGGCGAAGGACGUCGAGCUGCUGUACGAGGCACUGGAGGGCGAGCUGAAGAAGAUUGUCGCCGAGUCCCUCAGCCAAGCCCCGGAGACGACGCACCUGGAGCAGCUGGUGCAGACCAUCGAGGAGGAGGAGAAGGCGGACAGGGCGUGGACCACCCGAGGAGGUCUCCCCGGGGGCCCAAGGCCCAGGGAGCUGCGUCAAAAAUGGCGGGAAAUGGUGAGGGACUCAGUGGCCGCCAGAUUGUCCAGUUGCCAGGGCGACGCCCCGAUCUGCCAGCGCCUGAAACACCUCAAAGAGCAGAUCACGAACGACCUGAGAACCGUCCGAAAAAGUCUCGUUCUGGCCUACCCAAAGGAGUACGAUGCGUUCAAUGUCUACGUUAACAGCUACCAUGAGGUGGUUUCCUCCUGCCUCGCCGAGAUGGUCCAGAAUGAUCUAGAAAUUCACCAACUCUACAGCUUCCUCCAGUGGUGCCACAACGAUUACUUCAGAGAUGUGGUGGGACACGAGGAACUCGCUGCUCAUAUCAGAAAACAACAGCUGAAACCAUUGCUACCACCAGAGACUGUGCAGCAGCUCGAGGACAGGUGCAUUGCCCUGGUGAAGACGCAGAUUACCAAAAAUAUGGAUGAGGAGCUCAGCGUAGAGAAAGAGAAAUGGCAGCAGGGGACUGACACCUAUCAAUCAGAACUGUCAACCAAGGUGAUUCAGCUCCUGACAGACCAUGUGGAGAACUCUGCUGCAGUCACUCAGGAGCUCGGGGCUCGGGUUGCUCUCUGCUGCCUCUCUGGCCUGGCUGACUUACUGCAAAGUUUCCAGAAACACGCACAGCAGCUUUUCCAGCAAUACCCCGAGAAGGCGGACGGUGGGGAACUGAGGGGCGCCCAAGCCAUCGCAGUGGUCAACUGCUGCCCUGCUUUCAGAGACUACAUCGAGCGUCUGAGGCAGAAGGUCUCCAGUGACAGUGAAGAAGAAACCAAGAUGGCGUUGGCUGCCCUGGACAGAGUGGUGAAGGGAGGGAACGAGAUGCUAACGCAGAAGCUGCUCGAGGAGCUAAAGCCAAACUUCUCAAAGCUGCUGAAAACCAAGUGGCUGCAAAACAAGGAAAUCUUUGAAAGUAUCACCACCAUCAUCAAGAAACACUUCAACCAGUUCCGAAAAAUGAAAAACCUUCCCUACCAGGAUUUGGUGAAUGAUAUUCACAGGAAGGUGGUCACUGAGUACGUGAGAGCAGUGAUGCAGACGAGAAUGGUGUGCAGUUCGGCCGAUAUGCGAAUGAAAGUGGCAGGACAGCUGAACAAAGAGGCCGUGGAGCUCAGGGAGAUGUUUGCAAACCUGAAUUCGAGCGCCUCCUGGCUGGACGCUGCUAUUGAACACCUGGCUGAGAUUAUCUCGCUGAAGGACACUUCCUCCGUCCAGAUGGAAGUCGGGGCCUUGGCGAACAGUUACCCCGACGUUCGGAAGGAGCACAUCGAGGCCCUGCUGAACAUACGGGGAGACAUCAGCCACCAAAACCGCCAGAACAUCGUGGAGACGCUCCGAGACUUUGACGGCAACGACGGCGGCUCCACCUUGUCUCGCGGCAGGGCGUUAUUUGCAGAGAUCGAUGCCACCCCACUUGUGCAGUGUGCCCACCUCAACAUGAGCUGUGCUUUGCGAUGCUUUUCCGUGUUCCGCCGACGCAGCGUGUGCGUCAGGUGACCCGGUGGAGCUGGGAUCCUGAUGGGAAAUGCAUCCCCCCUCCCCCCCCCUCCCGCACCACCCCCCCCAACUCCUGUCGCCUGUGAAUAGCAAAGAGAAUAAUCCCAGAAAUUAUCACAAACUGCUGAUUUGGAGGUUGACUGGUUGGCAGACGCGUCGUGGAUUUACCCUGGAUAACUCGAUCCUGACCGUGUUUGAGAGGAUGCUCGCAGAGUCCGGAGACCAGAGAGUCAGAAUCCAUCACUUCCUGCCCCGGUCCCCAGUGGCAAAUCCAUCCCGAAGUGAUUGGGAAAUCCAAUAUGGCGCCCGUUGACUCACUCAGAGAGGGCAGAUUGACAUGGAUAGUAGGAAAGACACUAACCUGGCACUAAUUGGAGUCAAAUAAUCGGUACCCUGUACCGAAGAUGGUGUCAAAAGUAGCAACAUAGGAAACUUCUCACUGCGCUCAGUCGCGUGCACGUGACAAUAAAGCUCAUUCAAUUCAAA